ACACGUGGCCUUACUGACAAUGGCUGAUUGCGAAGCCUGACCCCGAGACGGAUUGCAGACUCGGUACCGAUAUAGGAGCAAGAGAGUUAUUCGCCUUUAACGCAUCAUGUCCCAGGCAAUCAUGUUGCGACCAGCAGGCCGGUCGGCAGGAAGGAUGUUGGUUGCGCUGCGGUCCUACUCUGGAGCCACGGCGUCGACAUCUGCACCCGCAUCCGCAGUGGACCAAAUGAUUGAGUACGCGAUGGGUCAACGAAAGGACAACGCCAACAUGGCUGUUGACGUCCUGAUGUCGGGAUUGUCGUACAGCAGCCCAGACGCGGACCCCGUGGGCAAUGCUCGGCUGCACUGCGCCGUCGCGCAAGUGGAGGCGGAUCGCAAUAACUGGACCAAGGUGUUGUCACACGCCAGCAGCGGCUUGCGCCUUGCAGCGCCCCUCGUGGUGGGGACCGCCGCUACCGCUGGCGACGUAACGCUUCUGGCGGGUAGUCUGGGGGUUCGAGCAGCUCUGCUUCAGGGCCAAGACGCCGAGGGACGAACGCUAGCAACCGAAUGCCAGCGCGCGCUCAACAGCACAUCCGCAUCCUCACUUCGCACUCGUAGCCUGGGCCUCGUAACGCUCACUUCGUCAGCCUCCUCCUCCGACAAUGCGGCAGCCGACGCAGCAGCGGCGAAUGACCUGGCGGCGGCGUUGGGCCCGGAUCCCGCCGUUGCCGUACAAUCGGAUCCGACACUAGCGGAUGCCGUACAUGCGUUGGGUCUGUUCCGGGCGCUGCAGGGGCAGGGCGAGGCGGCGGAGUUGGCGUUUGCAGCGGCAGCGAAAGCAGCGGCGGAGGCAGCAGCGGGGGCGUCGCAGGCGGGGGGGUCAAGUACGGCACCGGGAUCCUGGAUGAGGCAGGAGUACGACAAUGAGGUGGCUGCUGACGCGCUGACGGGGCGGGCGCAGCUGCAGAUGCGCGCGCGGGAGUGGGGGCAGGCGGAGGAGCUGCUGGGAGCGGCGCUCAAGGCUGCGGAAGCCGCCCAAGGCGAGCGCAGCCCCUCCCUGGCGCCACUGCUGACCCUGCUGGGCUACACCUACUCGCGCUCCGCCCGCGUGACUUUUGCGGAGGGACUGUUCCGAGAGGCGGCCAAGCUGCUGCGCCUGGAUCCCGCACGCAUGGGGCAGCAGCAGCAGCCGGGGCAGCGGCCGGAGGAGGGGGAGGGGCAACAGGAGCAGCAGCUGCAGAGGACGGCCGCAGCGGCGGGAGUGCAUGCGUCGACGGUUGCGGUGCUGGCGUGGCGGUUCGCUCAGCUGCUGUGGGUGAUGCCCAACAGAGCUGGUGAGGCCGCUCGCUGGGAGAGCUGCGCACGGCAGUUCUGGCCUGCUGGCUGCAAUGCCGGAACAGCACAGGACAUCGAGGAUGUGCUCGGGGGAAAGAACCACUUGCGGGGCGAGGGACCAGAGGGAUCUGGUGUUGUGUUCAGCACACGCUUCCGACGCGCAUGGCUUUGCAGCCCGAAGUGCCAGUAGGGCAAAAGUCGCUAUGAUGGUAGCGGGUAUGCAGCUGCAGCGGUUAUGUUGCUGAGUGAUUGUAAGUUGUGGAAGCAUAGUCAGGCUUAUCGUUGUUGCAGGGCGAUUUUGCUACGGCAUUAUGUUGAGGGCUUGGGGCGCUGAAGGAGCCGCAUGGUCGUUGGGAGUCGUUGCGCCCGCUGUUGGUGCCGGUUUGGUGUGUCGCCAUGGUAUGACAAUGGUGGAUCAAAUGUCGUAAUGGAUUUCAAGGAGCAAUGCUGGCCCCUUUGGCUUCUGUGGUGAUGUCCCGACGGGGUUUCGGAGACCUACGGGGUCUUGCAGCACCGAAGGUAUGCGUCUAACGAUUGUUGUAUGCAGGUUACCACGUGCAUACAUCGUUGCUUUUUACCAUAAAUGUGGGCUGUUAGUUCUAUUCCAGUUGAUUUCCCAGAGGUUGACUGCCCUUAUCGGAAUAGGACCUAACACCAACGUUGAUACUCUUUAUGAACGCAUGGUAGCUAGAUACAUGCGGCUUAAUGCCGCCCGGCGGCUUAUUUUGACUUUUGCGGUUACAUUUUAACAGCUGUGCUGCGCUGACCUAAACACGCAGAAAGUUAGAACAUCUGAAGUAAAGUGUAACGAUGUCUGAGCCUGCCGAUGCACGUGAUGGACAGCUGGACCAGGCGGAAUUCAAGAAGAAAAUGCUAUCCCAACUGGCGACCACAGGCGUCGUCGGACAAGUCAAGUCCCAGUUGCGAGCACAGCUGCUCUCGCAGCUCCAGAAGGGCCAUAUAGUGCAGCUUGGGCCUCCACCGGGCGACAGGCCUGGCCUGAAACGUCACGCCCUGAACAGCAUGAUUGCUGACUACAUGAGCGCUGUGCAGUACAACUAUUCUUUGUCCGUGUUUAAGGAGGAGUCAGGCAUGGAGUCUCGCCCGCUUCUGACGGAGGAUGAGCUGCUCGACGUCCUUAAGAUCGACCGGGAGCUCUCUUUCUACCAGUCUUACAUGAAAGCCAAGGCCCAUGGUGGCUCGGACUCCUGCUUCAUCCUCAACCUGCUGACUGCGAUCUCGGAGGCGGCCGCAGCAAAGGGCAAGGAGUCAUGCACGCAAACCGUUGGCGGUGACAGGUACCAGCUGGAGGUGCGCAUGCAGCAGCUGGACCAGGAGUACCAGGCGCGGCUGCGGAGCGCCCGUGUCGCCCCGGGUGCUGGGCUGGAGGAGCGGCUGGCGCUGUACAGACAGGAGGUGGAGGAGCAGGCGGCGGCGGAGGUGGCGCGACAGGUGGAGCGCAUUCGUGAGAUGGAGGUGGCUGCCGCGCGGCUGGACGAGGCGGCCAAGGCGCGGCGGGCCAUGGAGGCGGAGCGGUUGGAGCUGGAGCGGCUGCAUGGGGAGCGGCUGGGCAAGCUGCGGCAGCGGGAGGAGGAGAUGCUGGAUAAGCUGCGCAGGCAGCAGCGCGACGUGGAGAACGUGGCGUACGAGCACCGGCAGCGCAUCCUGCGGGAGGAGGAGCGUCUGCGCAACUACAAGACGGAGGUAGAGCAGCAGCAGGACAGCCGCCAGGAGCAACUGAAGCAGCUGGAGCGUUCCCUGGAGCUCCGCGAGCGCGCCGUGGCUGCUCGGGAGGCGGCCGCGGAGAAGAAGAUCGCGCAGGCGACGGAGGCGGCGGCGGAGGCGCAGGUGGCGGCGCGACAGGAUGUGGAGCGGGAGUACCUGGAGCUCAAGUCCAAUCUGCAGCACCAGCGGAUGCAACUGGAGAUGGACCGCUCCCGCAUCCAAGAGCUCCGCUCCGAAGCCACUGCGGAGAUCGCGGCUGCCCGCGCCAAGGAGGAGCGACUGCGGUCGCUGGAGACGGCGCGGGCGGAGGCGGAGGCCCGGGCGGCAGCGCACGCGGCGGAUGCGGAGGUCUGCCGGCUGCAGGCGGAGAAGCUGGCCAUGGAGCUCAGUCAGGCGCGUGACGAGCUUAGCCGGCGACUGACGCAGGCUGCCGACGGCGCUGACGCCAUGCUGCAAAACGCAGCGGGCGCCAUGAACAUGCUUAACGCCGAGGCUGCUGCGUCCCGGGCGGCUGGCUCCCAGAUCCGAGACGCGCUGUCCCAAGUAGAGCGAGCGCGGGAGGAGGCAGCGGCGGCGAAGGCCGUAGCCGCCCAGCUGGAGCAGGAGCGCAUGGCCCUGCAUGCGGCCCUAGCUGCCUCGGGUGCGGAGGUGGAGGCGCUCCGGACGCAGCUGGGCCGCGUGGAGGCGCUGAUGGACGAGGCGGUUGCAGCUCGCGGCGAUGCGCAGUCCGCUGCCGAGGAGUCCCAGUUCCGCGUGUUCCAGUUGGAGCGGGAGCUGGUGGAGCUGCGGGGGGUGCUGGCGAGGAGCCGGGAGGAGCUGGCGGCUGCGAGGCUGCAGCAGGUCACUGCGGCCUCCACGGCAGCCAGGCGGCCGCCUAGCAGAGGUGCUGACAGUCCGGGUCGUCGGAGCCUCCUGCUGAUGAGUCCAACACGCCGCGCUGCUGCCGGCUCAGCCUCCGGCACCGCCGCCUCCGCAGUCAUCUCCGCCCUCAGCGCUCUGGCGCUCGGCGGUAACCUCAACAAUGCUGCAGCCGCAGCCGCUGCUGCUGCCGGCAGCGGCUCCCCAGGCAGCCGUGGUCACGGCAACCACUACGGCUGGCCUGGCUGGUACGCGCAGAACGGUGCUGGCGGAGGAGGUAGCGGUAGCGGGGGGAAUGCUGGCGGCGGCGGGUCGUCCGUGGUGGCGGCGGGCACACCGGCGUUGUCGAAUGCGGAAUCGCUUACGGCGGCCCCUCGGGAUGCCACCCUGGACCGGUUGGAGCGGCUGCGGCGGCAGGAGGACAUCGUGGCCAGCCAGGAGGAGAGCUACCGCAAGCGCAUGUCCUCGCUGCAGGAGAUGCGUGAACGGAGUGUGGCCAUCUCCAACCAAGCCGGCGCCGGCCUAACACAGCAACAGCUGCAGCCCCUGCACCAGCAGCUGCUGGGUGACAUGUUACCGGAUGGAUCCGAUGCCGUACCCCCGUACGUGACGUACGUCAUGCACGGCAGUCCUACGCAGGGGCAGCCACAAGGCGGUCGGUCGGUGUUUUCGCCGCCGUCGGCAACGGAAGCAGACCCACACGCAGAUUGGCAGCAGCAACAGCUUAUGUUGUCGUAUCAGCUGCACAACCAGCGACAGCAGGAGCAGGAACAGGAGCAACGGCACCAACAACAACAGCAGCAGCAGAGGCAACAACAGCAGCUAGAGGACGACCGGGAACGCAACAUGCAGCAGCAGCAGCAACGACAGCAGCGUUUUGCGGACCAGCAGCCCUCCUACUACCCAUACAACGAUCACGCUGCUCCUCCUCCUCUUCCCGCAGCCGGAAUGCCCUCGGCGCCAUCAUCCUUUCACCACAGCCAAGGAUUCGGACUGGGCAACGCCCUUUCUGAGGCGCCUGCAACCCUACCGCAAGCCGCACGGGAUGCGUCUCCGUUCGCACAGUCUCGGCCCCCUCGCAUCAGCGACGUUGCUCCCUCCUCCGCAGACCUAGCGCCUCCGCCUCCCCCGCCGCCACAGGAGAUAUCGUACGGCAUCCAAGACACCGGCAUGCGGCAAGGCAGCUCCGCAACCGGCGGUGCCUCUUCCACCCACAUCUCCGCUGCUCCUCUUGUUUCCGACCCACAGCUGCCACAAGCGGCCGCCGCGGAGCCUCCUUACACGCGACCCUUCACUCCCACACCCACCCCGGCUAUCACCAGCGGCGGCGACGCGGGCCCGUCUGCCGCCGCCGCCGCCGCGCCGCCCCCGCCCAGCUCAGCUCCCGUGGUGCUCCCGCCACCAGGCCUCGUGCUGACAACCAACCUGAAGCCCCAAACGGCAGCCGCGCCCGUGUCCAGCAUGCCCGCUGCACCUGCUGAGCCGACUCCGGUGGCAGCCCCUGACCCCUCGCCGCCCAAGCCGACCAUUCCCGGCUUGGUUAUUGUGAGCGGGUUCACGCCGAGGGGACCCGCGACGAGCGUUGGGGCGGCUGCGCCGGCGGCACAGGCGAGACCGGUGGAAGUUGAGGAGCCAGAUUCGCCGCCGCCUCCACCGAUGGACGUCCAGAGUGUGAUGGAGGCCAAGAUGCGGAUGCUGCAGGAGCAGCGUGAGCGCACGCUAGCCGCCCAGCAACAACAGCAGCAUCACGAGCAGCAGCAGCGGCCGGCCGGGCAGCGCCUACUGUCUCGCAACUCCAGUCGGGUAUCCGGAACCAUGCACGGUCACAACGGCCACGUCAGCGGCAGCCCCUCGGCUGGCGGUCCCGGUCUGCAGCCGCGCGACGACGACAGCACCAAUGACGUCAUUGCGGGUGAGGCGUACGACACGGUGGCCCCGGAGCUCUCGACCGUACAGCGCAGGAUGAGCUCUGUACGGCGAACCAGCCACGAAGGCGCGGGGUCGGUUUCCCGACAGAGCAGCGUCAACCGAAGAGAGCUGACGCGGGGCACAUCUGCAACCAUCCGAUCCGAGGCGAGCGGCUUCAGUGUGGAGGCGCCGGGCAUGGGAACCAGCGUCAACAGCGGCCGUGCGCCCAGUGUUAACAUGACCCUGGACGACCUGGGCUCCUCCAUGGAGGGCUUCGUGCUGCCGGGGCUCGACGAGGACGACGGGAUGGAGGCGCCCAACGACGACGAGCACUACGAUGGCGCCUUCGCCGCUGAGUUCUCCGCGGGCAGCGUAUUCUAGGGUGUUUGGUAGUUGUGGCUGCUGGCCUUUUGCUUGGGAGGAAGCUCAAGGGGUUUUUUGAGGUUUUGCAUUUUGACCGGGAUGGUUUAUGUACCCUGUACUGGGAUGCUCCAGGGACCCCUGACGAAGCGAGCUGUCUGGGUAUUGACGUGGGCCGGAGGCCAUGUGCGGAGAUACAUCAAAGGCCAUGUGUGGUUGCGGCGCCGGGCUGUUGGCAGCCCGAGAAGGUUGAACGUACAAGGCAGUAGUAGUAGCGGGCCUGGUCACGCGCGCACUGUACUGAGUAACAGGAUUGGUGCAUUCUUGCUGUGUAUCACAGGGGAUUUUGCAACAUAUCAUGGUAGACAAAUUUGACAGUUAUUGCAAGGACGCAACCGUAAAGUACCGUGGUUGCCGGGAUCCUGUACGAUACGGUGCACCUGAAACGCUGGAACAGUGCACCAUUCUAUAGCAGACCUCCUUUCCUGAUGUAUAGUGACGCUAAAUACAUACAUACUACGUAUACGCAUGUGCUUGCUGUCUUGAAUUUAUUUUUGGCAAGGACAACAUCCAUGCUCUCUGUAAACAAUCCCGGCUAGCUCUGGGCCCUAAUGACUAGCCGCAGCUUAGAUUAUGGAUUGGGAGCGCAAGCUGCGGGAGCAGUAUGCUAUAGGAGUGAGAUCGGAAUGGUUAGAGCAGGUGUUGGGACAGCUUCGCCAAGCACAUCCAGAUUUGGCGACAUGGCCCGAGGUCCAGGUCCUGGAAAAGAUAUUCACAUCCUUCCUGUUUUGCGAUUUGAACCAAGCUGGAACGGCUUUGUUGCCACCGAACGUGAAGGAGAUGCACAAACAAGUACUGGCAGGAAAGUUUGUUCUGCAAAUCGACGAAGUUGUAAACAUGGCUGCAGCUGCUCGAGAACGAUACACCGACCAGACGAGCAACCGCUGUAUGAAGUUCGCGUUGACCGAUGGCUGCCAGCAAGUGGUUGGAGUGGAGCACAGCCACCUGCCCACCAUCACCUGGGACUGCCCGGCUGGGAGCAAGGUGAUUCUCCACAACGUGCCCAUCCGGCGGGGUCUGCUGCUGCUGGGCCCCGACAACACGGCGCUGCUGGGCGGCCAGGUGGAGCGGCUGGAGGCGGCCAGGCAGCGGGCAGUGGCGGCGUGGACGCGACCUGUGGUGGGCCGACCUGGGAAUGCGGGCGAGCGGGACAUCUUUGGGGAGGCUCGAGCUGCGGCUUGGGCCCCCGGACCGCAUCCGGGGCCAGCGGCGCCGGCGGCAGCAGCAGGAGCGCCGGGGCAGGGGCCUGCAGGGCGGAAUGUGGGGGCGGCAGGGCCUGCAGGGGCAGCGGCGCCGGGUGCGGUGGGAGCCCCCGCGCAGCAGCAGCAGCCACAGCAGCAGCCGUGGGGCAACGGGCAUCCACAGCAGCAGCCGCAUGCGCAGCGGCAACAACAGCACCAGCAGCCACAACAGCAGCCGAACGGGUGGGGAGCGCCGCCGCCGCAGCAGCAGCCCAAUCAACACAACCAGCACCAGCAUCCCCAGCAGCAGCCCCUGCCACACAACGGUGCCGGUGCGGGGUCUCAGGGCUGGCAGGGGCCUCCAGGCAACAGCCAGCAAUGGCAGCAGCAGCAGCAUCCUCAGCCCACGUUGCCGCGAGGUCUGACUCCGCCCACCCAACAGAUGCCCACACAGCCACCAGGAGGGCUGUUCAGGACGGAUGCGGGUGGGGCUGCUGGCCAGCCAGGGGCGGCCUCAAGCCACGGCAACGGAGCAGCAGCAGCGGCAGCCGGCGGAAGCGGCUGGCUGGGGCCUGCGCAGAGUCAGGGACGAGACGGCAGCGGAGGCUGGAAUGCCGGCGAUGCUGGUGGCGGCGGUGGCAGCAACGGUCGUGGCGUGGAUGCACCCGUUGUCCUGCUCACGUCCUCCAGCGAAACCGCCUCGGGUCGCUCCAACUCGCACAUCUCGCUUGAUGCCUCCGGCCCGCUCAUGCAGCACCCUCCAGGUCCGCUCCAACCACAGAACCAGCAGCAGCAGGCCCAACAGCAGGCACCGUCGGGACUGCAGCGGCUUGGAUCGGUGAACUCAGGGGCGCUGGGUGGUAGCGCUAUUCGGCAGCCCGGGCCACCGCCUCCGGCUGCGCUCGCAGCCGCCGCUAAUGCCGCCGGCCCAACCUCCUCGAACGGUCUGCUGCCGCCUUCAGGGCCCCGUGGUGCUGCUGUCGCCGCAGCUCAGCGCCCUGCGUUACCGUCGCCCUCCGUGACGUCAUCCGGCUCCGCAGCGGCUGCUGGUAUGGCAGCAGGACGGAAGCCGGCGCUGCCGCUGGCGCGGAGCAGUCCGACUCCUAGUGGCUACAUGGGAGGUGGCAGUCGCGGCAUGGGGCCUAGUCCCAGGGUCACAGCAGCCGGCGGGCGGAGUCAGCUUGGGACAGCAGCUAACGACGGGGGCGGCGGAGGCGCAGUGCUGCCUGACGGGCCGGAUGUUGAGAUGGUGGAUCUGGCGUCUCUGGAUGAUGAUGACGACGCGGGUAUUGGUGGAUCUGGCGCCGCGCAGGGUUCUUCAGGUGGGGCGUCAACCGGCCAUGGCGGCCCACGAAUUGACCCAUGGGUCCGUACGCAUAGCGGGAAAAGCAGGCUUGAGCCGCCGUUUGAUCCGCCUGGUGGGGUGGAAAAGCGGCCGCGAUUGUUGUCGCGCUUACCCACAUCCGAGUACGACAGUGCCCGAGGUUUUAGCGGAGCGGCGGCGCAUGGACGUGCUGUUGACGACGAUGGUAGCGGUGGCUUGCCAGGCCGCUCGGCUGCCGCAUUGGCAGCAAGUGCAGCGCCGGCCAGGCAGCUCGAAGGCCCUGACGUUCAGGAAUCUGCCGCAGCCGCCACGAACCUUGCCGCUGCUGGUCCACUUCAAGCUCAGGAGCAAGGCCAAGAGCAGCAGCAUCUGGAGGAGCAGCAUCCCGAGGAGGGCUUUGGAUUCGUGGCUGACGAGAUUGAGGACUACCCCUUUGCCGAGUACGAUGACCCGGACCCACCUGCUGCUGCUGUCGAUGCCGACGACCAACCCCCGCACGAGCACCACCAAGGCUGGGAAGAAGAGGUGCCGCCCGAUGCAGCAGACCCCAUGGCCCUGGACCACAACUACGGCCCCAAUGCCGCCGCCCCCGACCCGCUUGAGCCUCCCCAUCCGGACCUCGACCAGGAUCCAUGUGCGGCCGACCCUGACGCUGGUAGCAGCCAUGCAGCCCAUGCAACCGCCACUGCCACUGUCGGCGGUUCCGAAACCUCAUUCCAUGCGGGUACGGUACAGCUGUACCAGGUGGAAGAGCUGCUUGCUGCUGCUGCCGGUGGGGCUCCCGCGGCUGCGGCGCUGGGUUUUCCGCUGACGUUGGACGUGUACGGACUGUUCCACCAGCUGGAUGGUGACGUGGCGUUGGUGGAGGACGGUACGGCGAUUGUUGCGGCGCGGUUGACGAGCGAGGCCCUCGAGCCGCAGCUAGCUGGCGUCGUACCGCCCGAGGGCUACGUGGCCGAGCAUGUGGGCCUGGAGGACAUCCAGCUGAUGGCCGAGAGCUCGGAUCCAGAGAUCCAAUUGUACGGCCAGGAGCUCGCAACCCGGCUCAUGGACUACAUCCGGGACUUCCACGGUACCAUGCGGCUCAAGUACCCGGGGCCGCCACCCGAGCAGCCGCUGAUCAUCAGGUUAGAGGAUGAGGGAGGCGGGGACGAGGGUGGCGGCGGUGGUGCAGGUGGGGCGCCUCGAGGGGGCCCCCCUGGUGGCAAUGCGGGUGGGAAUGGGGGUUGCGGCAUGUACGAGGGAUACCUGCGGGACAUCAAGGUGUUGGGGGCGGGUGACGGCCAGCAAGGAAUGGAGGGGCAGGAGUAGGAGCUGCGCGUUGCAAAAGCGGGAUGAUGACAGUGUGUGUGUUAUUGAGCGGCAUGUGUUUUUGAGAAUGGUGAGAAUGGGGCUGAUUCUUGAGGAGUCUGGUAGCGGGCUAGCGUCGGGACGCGGGUGGCGGGCUGUAGUGGGGGGCUAUCGUGGCCGGCAGCAGGAAUGAAAAGCUACACGAUACCAUGUCAGUGUGUCUCGCCAAUGCACUGGGUUGUUUGCGGCGUGGCACUGUGCCGAGGCUGCUGUCGUAUGGAGCCAUGGGGAGCUGCUGGUUUGACAAUUUCACGUGUGCUGGAUUCCUGUGCCACUGUGAAAACACGCGCAUGGCUAGGCAUGAGAGUCCUCCUCACGGCCGCCCGGCUGUAUGCCCGUCAUGUCUUUCCAGCGUCAGCGCUCCUUACACGAGAUGCAGGCCCUUUCACUCAGCACCAACCGCAACUAAGGACAUGCCUGUUACGUGCUCUCAGUUCACCUUUACGCCUCAACGUGUACCUGCCAUAUGUGAUAACAUAGCAGGGCAAUCACAAGGAAGACGUCGCAUCAAAAGCGCCCGGUGACGUCAACAGCAAUACCAGCUUUGCGGGGAUCAUGGCUU